AGUGGCACAUGACAGUAGCAGUCAACACUUGCCCUACAGCACAGUGCAGUCGGAUCUCGAGCUCGAAUAUCCUCACUGAGGUUUGCCAGUUGACGGAGCGCUUGAGUCUGCCUCAUCUCUUAACGAACGAAUGGCGACUGCAGAGGUUGCACAGUACCCCUGCACCUGCUCACACCCACAUCUCAUCUUCAGCUCGGGGUUUUCACCAUGUCAGCCUCUCUUCCUUCUGACUCGGCCGCAAUCCAUUUUCGCGCGCAUCUACGAUGUUGCUAUUGUGCUUCUUCUCGUACUUUGUCCGGGGCGCCUUCUCGGCAACAGCAGUCGUGGAGGUGGCGUGGCAUUCUGCACCAAACGAACGUGGAACGUGGGAUCUCAUCGUUUCCUGCGUGCUGACACUAAUGAUUUGUGUCUGGUCAGCCCUGCACCUCAAUGUGCCCACCACACAAUCGAGACUCAUGGACAGGAACGUCAGGCGACUGCGAUGGAUUUUGCUCGGCAUCUUCGCGCCAGAAGUCGUCGUAAGCACAGCGUUUGCGCAGUACCUAACCGCGAGAUGGUUGAUGAAUGAGAUUCGAGAAGACAUCAAGUAUCGCAACAACCCAGCAGACGAGGCAACGAACGAGAAACAGCCUGGAGAAUGGACCAUGACCCAAUGUUACUUUGCUGUUAUGGGCGGCAUCGUAAUUGAGCCUGGUAACUACAUAGACAACAACGACCAUAGCAGAGCCCAAGAUCAUGGCAGACCUGACGAGUUGUCUACGGCCAGUCGCCCCCUCAGUAUCACUGCUGAGGGAGCGCGUCUGCUCUCAUUUCUAAACCGUCUACCAGACGUAAGAGAUACCCAGGUACGCGACAAGAGUAAAGCGGACGGUCUUGCCAAGUUUCUGGUUGUCGUGCAAGCCGGAUGGAUGAUCAUACAGUGUAUUGCCCGAGUCCAGCAAGAUCUUCCGGUCACACUUCUGGAGAUCAAUACCAUCGGGCAUGUGAUAUGCGCCUUUGCUCUCUACAUGCUCUGGUGGAACAAGCCAUUGGAUAUCAAGGACCCAUACAUUAUCAAGCGCAACGCCGAGCUUGAUCCUUGCAUCGCUUUGAUGUGGAUGUGCAGCCCGAUCAGUGGCGACAAAGUGGAUGAGAUAAGUGAGAUCCGCUGUCUGGCAUACAAAACGCCAGGGCAAAGGAGCAAUGCAUCGCCAACGAUACCAACCACGCAUCUGAAAGUUGACAGUACUAAGCCCGUGGAGAUCAGCCUCUCUAAAACUCAUCGGACUCGGCUGUCAGUAGGAUCAGUAGGCGCGAGAGAUCCUCGUAAGUUCAUCGGACCACUGCACGAGAUGCAAGUCGGUGCGGAGCACCAUCAGUCUUCAUUUACACCUUUCGAUCAUGAUCUUAGCUACGUCUACCAGUGUGAAAGAGUAGCAACCGAACACGAGGUCUUUUUCAGUCUCCAAGGACAUACACAUGGAUUACAACACACCCGUAACUACUGCCGACGAGGUUUCAGCGACUGCACAAACCACGAUCCUCUAUCGAUCAAUUCUAUCGAGCGCUGGAAGCUAGCGAAUAAAGUGAUUGAUGAGCUAUACGAGGAAAGCAAAAGGCGGCCCAACUACGACAAUUUCUUCUUCACCGACUCAUCCCUGGGACUUUUUGUCGGAGAGCCCAUUUAUGUCGGAGAUCAUAUUCCUAACUUUCCUGGCUUCUCUUUCCUCGGCAGUGUCAACGUUCAGCGCGACAGACUGAAGACCGUUGUAGCCUUCGCCGGGGCCGCAUAUGGAGGUCUACACCUUGCUGCGUGGAACGACUACUUUCCAACAUCUGUUGAAAGGAUCAUGUGGAUCUCGUGCUCCUGCGCUACAGGGCUCACCGGCCUUGUUCUAGCGCUUUUCUUCCUUGCAACGAACCAGCUACCGCAACUCGAAGCAGCAGAGAGCCAUGUGCGCAACAGCAAGAAGUUCAGGAUCUUUUGGAAAUGGAUCUUGAUUCCGCUCUUCAUGACGGCAAGAGUAUUCAUCGUCGCAGAAGCUUUCAUUUGUCUGAGGCGGCAGCCAGAAGCCAUCUACAGUACGCCAGAGUGGAGCAACUAUUUCCCUCAUCUCUGAUCGUAAAAAUCCACGCCCAUUUCUCCUCUAGUCCGUUUCGUCGGGUACGCUGUCCCUCCUUCUGGUGCCUCAAACACUUGGCUAUCGUUGGUGAGAUACGGCUCUUUGGGGGGAAACCGAUCUUUGGCUGAAGUGUGAACGUAAUGACUCUCUGAAACUUGGUGCUGGCACGCUCGACGCGUUACUCAUCCGAGACUCGAGCGUACGCCCUCCAAGAUCGACUGCUCGGAGUGAGACUGCGUCGUCGCCACGCAUGGCCUCAUAUUUGCUCUUCACGCCUCUAUGCCCCCUCCAGUAGAAGAAUACUGCAGCCAUCGUAAAUAUGAGCCCUGCUACA